AUGAAAGGCAAAAAUCAAAGUCAAGCAAUUGUCGCCGGAAUUCAGCAACGUCCUGUCACCGUUACUGGAUUUCGUUCGGGGCCCCAACUUUCUCAUUUUUGUCUUCCCCCCAAAUUUUCCCUCCCUCCCUCGCUCCAUCUACCCCCAAAAUCUUCCCACCGUCGACCACCGUUCGGAGGAGUGUCGUUCUUCCGGUUCCGGCAACCACUUUCGCACGAGCCAGCCACCGUUUCGAGCCCCGUCAUUCUUCCGGUUCCGACGAGGUGUUUCGCACGAGCCCGCCACCGUUCCGAGCUCCGUCAUUCUUCCGGUUCCGGCAACCAGUUUCGCACGAGCCCACCACCGUUCCGAGCUCCGUCAUUCUUCCGGUUCCGACGAGGUCCCCCACCGUCUACUUCCAUCUCCAUCACCGUCGUUCUCCAUCUUCGGCCAAAGCCCACCCAUCGGCCGUCUUCCAUCUCCGGCCGUUUUCCAGUUCCGUCUUCCCCCCAAAUCCGGGAACUGUUGGUCCCGCCAUAUCCGGUGGUUCGCGGGUGCUGCCGAGACCACGAUUGGGGUUCCAUUAAACAGCAUCAUCAUCACCAAAUUAGGGGGCGAGUAUUUUGCAAAAAGGGGUGUGAUGCUGAUGGAGAGACAUGGGAAGAAUGCUUGGAGCAGUGCAAUGAGAUAUGCUAUAAGGACCCCGUAUUGAAGGACCGCCAGUGGAGUGCUUACAUUGACUGUUCUCCUGGAGCUUCGAGCUACUCAGAGGUGAAGGAGAGUGUCAAUGGGAAGAAAGCAAGCAUUGUGGAGGUGAAGAGGGCGAUAAAUCAAAUCAUUUCCCAUACUGACCCUUAGAUAAUUGCAGAAAUAUGAUAAGGGGGAACCUGUAAAUUACUGACUAAUCAAUGAAGUAGUAGUGUACAAUUAUAGUGUUUUUCUGAUUGUCGUUGAGAUCAAGUAGUCAAUCUAACAAAGUGUAUGUGUAAUAGCAUAAAAGUGCAAGAAAUGCAAUAUGGAAUUUCUCUAAUAA